CACUCCCGCUUUAGUACGUGCUUGGACAAGGCACGAGCUUGUUUGUACAGUAGAACAUUGAAUUGUUCUUACUUCGAGCUUCUGGACAUUUGAGCACUGCGCGAACAUGGAUUGGUAACGUGGGACCCCUUUACAUCCUGAAUACAGUUUUGGAAUGCCUGCUAGGGUAGUGUUUUGAAAGCAAAAACCAACAAUAUGACUAACAAAGGUGUAGAUGCCACUAGAAUUCUAGAGAAGGGUCCGGAAUACCUUCGGAAACAGAUGGAACUGGAGAGCGAAGAGACGGGACGCAUGAGCGCAGUGGAGAUGCUUGCCGCAAGUAAAAAACAGUAUGUCAAAAGUCAACAGGUGUUCAACUCGAUACAGGAGCCCGUGGUUAGUUUUGGAUCUGCCUCUGUUAGUAGUAACGGAUCGUCUAAUCGGAGCUCCAACAUGAACUGUAGGAACAGUGGGAGGAAUUCGCCUGCGGGUACAAGCAGUGUGCAAGGAGGGCCUUCGCCGCCAGUGGACAAAAAUGCGGUGCAUCGGACGAGCUCCAAAAGAAGAGACUCACUUUUACUGUACCGACAGAAAUGUGAACUUGUGAAAGCAUCGACGCGUGAAAAAAAUAAACUGAAUUUGGGGCGCAGGUUGUUGCUCAGCUCUCUGGAUAAGGCAAGUUUACUACCUGAGGCAUCAGGUAAGGAAUGUGAGGCAGAGGAAAUGUAUACCAAAUUUACGACACCCGAAGGACUUGCCAAGGAAUGUGAUUCAAAGGCUGGCUAUUCGAAACCCAUACAGCCAGAAACACAAUCUCUAUCCACAGAUGAAGAAUGGACGGACAUAAAAGUGUCCCCAGGUGUGAUGCAGAGACCCACUCACAAAAGAGUAGCGGAAGUUCAGAGGACUCGCAAAGGGGUCGGCCGUUCUCACUCUGACAUCAGCUCAAGAUAUUCCAAAAACUUUGCCGACUUUGAUGCCUUCUUCAAAUACUGCGGACUGAAUGGCGAAGUCAUAGAAUCCCUGGGCAAAGAUAACUUUUCCGCAUGUUCGGAUGAACGUGUCAAUAAAAUCCGAAGCGUCAGCAUCUCGACGUCAGAUGACGGGUUCACACGGAAUAGUGGCGAGGACAGUAACGAAGGAUUACUGGAAGAGGAGAUGCAUGAAACUGUUCGACAGGGGACAUCGGUCAUUGAGCGCAAUGCCAGGAUUAUAAAAUGGCUGUACAGCUGUAAAAAUGCCAAAGAGUCUGGGAAGAAAUUACGAGAUCUAAACUGACAUUUCUGUAUUCAACGCCUACAUAUAGGCUUAUUUAGCAGUGUAGGCCUCUCUAUUAGGUUCUGCCUAUAGGCUGCCUGUUUUAGGCCUAGUCCUACAACAUAACCUUAGCUAUUCCUUACCCACUAAAAUGUUAAACUGCGUCUGCCUCUGAAAUACUACAUGACAUUCCUGGCCUUCACACAAUGUUUUCUUGGCUAUUGCACAAUAGGUUAUAUGUUUGUGUGUGUGUGUGUUUGUUUUACUAUCCUUGUGCGGAACAGAAGUCCUCACAAGGAUAGUAAAAUAAGGACAAUUCAGGUAAGUGGAGGAAAUGUUGCUUGUUCCCACAAGAAAAAAGGCCAUUUUAGACACAGGUGUUUGGGUUACAAUUAGGGUUAGGGAAAAUAUGAUUUUGAAUGAGAAUCAAUUGUUUGGUCCCAACAAGGAUAGUAAAAACAAACAUGUGUGUGUGAUUUCACUGAUCACUACUUCGCUGAUAAAACACGUUUAUUGGUUGUGUGUGAAUGCUUAUGUGUUAGUACAAAUGUUACAAGUCCAAAUAGUCAACCAAGACAAUCUGUGAGGUCUAUCUUUGGACUAGGUUUUAUUAUUGCUGUUAUUUUUCUAUAGACAAUGACCUGUAUUUCUGGUGGAAAUAGACCUUUGUACAGUAUGUGUUCUUAUGUCAAUUAAACCGUUAACCUCU